AUGUCUCCAACAAUAUUAGAAGAACUUUUGUCUUGGGUGUGUCCGUUGAUUAGAAAGAAAUCUACACAUAUGAGAGAUUGUAUAUCUGCUCCAGAAAGAUUUUGUGUUACAAUGCGUUUUUUGGUAACCGGUGAGGCACAGAAAACAAUAGCUAUGAACUACCGCAUGAGUCCUUCAGUUGUCGGAAGACUAAUAAGUGAAACAUGUAGAGCCAUAUGGAACAAAUGGAAUUUUCCCUAUUGCUUAGGUGCUAUUGAUGGAAAGCAUGUAGUUAUGCAAGCUCCUGCAUGCUCUGGCUCAUCGUUUUAUAACUAUAAAAAGACACAUAGUAUUGUUCUUUUGGCUGUGUGCAAUGCAAAACAUCAAUUUUCACUAUUAGAUAUAGGAAAUAGUGGAAGACAAAGUGACGGUAGUGUAUAUGCAAAUAGUCAACUUGGUUAUGCUAUUGAAAAUGAUCUGCUUGACAUUCCUCAAGCAUGUAAAGUAAAUGGUACUGAAACAAUAUUGCCCUACGUGUUUGUUUGA